AGUGUGGCAUAAACAAGGCCGUAGACCUAGCUAGUCCAGUGUGUGUGUGUGUGUGUGUGUGUGUGUGUGUGUGUGUGUAUGUCGCUUCCCUAUUCCCAUUUCGCUUGAGGUGUGUGUACGUGCGUGUGGGAACGUGUAAGUACGUACGUAUGUGCGUGUGUUCGGGAGAGCGUGUAAGUGUGUGCGUGUGUGCGUGCGGCGUGACGUCACGGCCGCCACACGCCGCCACCUGCUGGCCGCGCCGCGCCGCCGCCGCCGCUGCCGCGGUGCCGCCAGUCCACUGUGGAUCGUGCCAGCGCCAGGACGUGCCCCGCUUCCACGCACACACUUGUACACGGCCGCGCACGCACACGCACGUACACGCCUCCGUGACCCGCCCCGUGUGUCCCCAGAGGGAGGCGUUGCGGCAGGCGAUGGAAGGCGUGGGGGGCGUCAGCGUCAGCGGCGUGGAGGAUCGGCGGUUCUCCGUGCUGACGUACGAGCAGGUGCGUCACCUUAACGAGGUGCUGCACGAGGUGGUGUCCAUCCACGGCCGUGGGAACUUCCCCACCCUGGAGAUCCGCCUGCGGGACCUGGUGAGCCUGGUGCGCGCCAAGCUGGAGGCCGAGGCGGUGCAGGUGCGGGACAUCCGCAUCAACGGCGGCGCCGCCUCGCACAUCCUGGCCGCCACCCCUGACCAGGCCUACAACGACCUGGACCUCAUCUUCGCCGUGGACCUCAGCUCGCCGCGCUCCUACGACCGCGUCAAGAACGCCGUGCUGGAGGUGCUGCUGGACUUCCUGCCCGCGGGCGUCAGCAAGCGUCGCAUGUCCUCGUGCUCCAUGAAGGAAGGCUACGUGCACAAGAUGGUCAAAGUGAACGACACGGACCGCUGGUCGCUCAUCUCGCUGUCCAACCACGGCGGCCGCAACGUGGAGCUCAAGUUCGUGGACACCAUGAAGCGGCAGUUCGAGUUCUCCGUCGACUCGUUCCAGGUGGUGCUGGACUCCCUGCUGCUGUUCUACGAGUGCGCCGAGAUGCCCAUCAGCGAGAACUUCUACCCGACGGUCAUGGGCGAGAGCGUGUACGGUGACUUCAGCGAGGCGCUCUACCACCUGCAGAAGAAGCUGAUCGCCACCAAGAACCCCGAGGAGAUCCGCGGCGGCGGCCUGCUCAAGUACUGCAGCCUGCUGGUGAAGGAGUACGAGCCCGCCCGCCCCGACGAGAUCAAGACGCUGGAGCGAUACAUGUGCUCGCGAUUCUUCAUCGACUUUCCGGACGUGUCGCAGCAGCAGAGCAAGAUUGAGGCGUACCUGUGGAACCACUUCGUGGGGCCCGACGAGGCGCUGCGCUACGACUUCCUGAUGGUGGUGCACCGCGUGGUGGACGACAGCACGGUGUGCCUGAUGGGCCACGAGCGCCGCCAGACCCUCAACCUGAUCGACGAGCUGGCGUGCCAGGUGUUCUACACAGACCAACACCGCCUCUACACCAAACACCAGCCAUGCUCCUCGCCCUCACCAUGCUCCUCGGCAUCCUCGUGCUCCUCAUCCUCAUCGUCCUCCUCCUCCUCCUGCUCCUCCUCCUCCUCCUCGUCCAGUAGUAGCUUCGACGUGCACAUAGCGCCCCCGCCGCCCGUCAUCUACAGCAACGGCUACUACUACGCGCCCAUCGUGCCCGCCCCCGCGCCGCCACAGCCCUACACGUGUACCUGCGGGUGGUUGCAGUGUGCCUAGGGGCGCCGCGAUUCCCUCCCCCCCACGGGCCGCGAGUGCCAUCAGCAAACACUGGUAACGCUGCCGCCACGACCCAUGGGCGUGGGCGGCGGGCGGUGGCGGCGGCGGCGGCGGUGGAGGUGGGCAGCCACCCCCGCCACCCGCCGCCGCCGCCGCCGCCAGGCCCGCCCAGCGUCGCCGCCCACUGUGAUAUAAUGAACCUGACGAGUGUGUCAGUGCUGCACGCGCCGCGCACGCCACCACCCAAAGGAGUAUUACUACCAUUACUACUACUACUACUACUACUAUACUACUACUACUACUACUACUACUACUACUACUUCCAUCACACUUGUCAUUACUUCAUUGCCACCCUUGCUUCAGUUGAACAUUCCCCCCCCCUCCUUAACGCCACCACCCACACCACGCCCGCGCCGCCACGGCCAGGUGACACCCCAACACACCCACGGGACGACACACCGCGGGGAGGACACCACCCCGCCCACCACCACCACCACCACCACCACCACCCCGGCCCAGGAGGACACCAGCAGAGGCAACACGGAGACUGCCCCCCCCGACCCGUGACCCCCCAGGCCCCCAGAGGUCAUAAGGGUCACGGGGCCAUUAGAGGAGAACCACGUGACCGCCUUUAUGUGCAAGCAGUGAGGUGAAACUCCGACAACAUCGCAGCUGCCCCUGGAAAGAAAACGCAUAGAAAACGGGAAGCCAUCACCGCCACUGAAGAAAACGGAAGGAAGAAGCGAGAAAAAGAAAGUGAAAAGCGAAUGAGAGAGAGAGAGAGAGAGAGAGAGAGAGAGCGCAGAUGGUAGAGAAAUAAGAGCAAAUUUGUGGUUGAAAGAAAGUAAGAAAAUGAGAAAGGAAGGAGAAAAAUUUAAAAUGUAUGAGAGAGAGAGAGAGAGAGAGAGAGAGAGAGAGAGAGAGAGAGAGA